AUGUCAGGGUCUUCUUCAGAUUCAGAAAUUAGUGCAUGUAGUUCUAAAUUUGAUCCUGUUAAAGCACUCUAUUCUGACAAACUAAAGUUACCGGUUGCCGGUGCGCCAUUGUACGAAAACAUUCAGCAGUUCGAAGCUGCCUUGGAGAAACAAGAAGAUAUUAUUCCAGUAGGUCAUGGACAUCUUGUAAAAUUGAGGGAAGAAGAGAAAGAAAGAAAGAAAUUAGAAGAAAAACAACAAUUAGAAGAUAAAAAUAGACAGCGUUUUGCAAAAUAUGAAGGUAGGGAAUUUGAGGUUAUGUAUUUGUUAUGA